AUGUAUCACAGAUUGGUUCAGAUUGAUGCUGGUGUUGGACAGGUGAUUGGGGUGACCCAAAAUGACUAUGUCUUUGCACUGCUUGGAUCGUAUUGGAGUUUUCUUGGCAGACUGAAACAGGUCACGGUGGGCCCAGCAGGAACCUGGGGAGUCAACAGAGAAAACCGCAUCUUCAAAUUGGUUGCGGCUAACUUCGUGGAAGUACCUGGCCAGCUCUUGAAGCAGAUUGAUGCUGGUGGAGACCAGAUUGUGGCGGGAGUCAAUGAUCUUGAUUUCCCCUUCUGUCUUGAUAUGGACAGCACAGUCAGCUAUAGUGGACCACACAGUCCUGUAAACUGGGUCGACCUUGAUGGCAGUCUAAAACAAUACAGUUGUGGCCCUUAUAGCUGCUGGGGUGUUAACAGUCAGGAUCAAAUCUUUUUGAAGAAGGGGGUGAAUUCCAGUCAUUGUCAGGGAGUCAGUAACUGGCAGCAUAUUCCAGGAUCCUUGUCUAUGAUUGACGUGGGAGGUGACGGCUCUGUCUAUGGAGUAAAUUCUAAUGGAGAUGUGUACCGCAGGGAUUUCGUAACUGACUGUAAACCUGAGGGUAAUGGCUGGUCCCAGAUUCCGCUCUUCAGCGGUCAAGUGGAGCAGGUGUCCUACGAUACGGGUCAUCUCUGGAUCAUCCUGAAGAAUGGCGUCAUCCACGACUGCCCUGUCUAAGCACUGCUCUUCCACAGAGGCAGUCCUGCUGCAUGAACCCUGCAGUGCUUAAUUAGUUUCUUUGCUGAUUUGCUUACAAUUUCAAGAGUAACUAGAAAAGCACUCUUGAAGUGGGAGUGAUUGGUGAUUCAGAUCACUCUCAAAAUGUAAUCGUUUCUUCCUUGGAUCAUUUCAGACCUUUCCUGAAAAUUCCAUCCAAUUUUUUUAUCUUGCUAACAAACAGACAAACAGACAGACAGACAAACAACCCCAGAUGAAAACAUAACCUCCUUGGUGGAGGUAAUAGUCGUGUUGUGCUUCUGUCAAAUUAUCCAGUUUGGUUGAUUUGUAAAAACACAUAUAUUGUGUUGAUUGAAAACAACAGCGUCUUUAUCCUUAUCCUUUAUCCUGAAGUGAUGCAGCUCUUGCGUGAUAGUAUAUUCAGGUGGUCUUUUCCUGCAAUCUAUCUGCAACUACGGGCAUUUUUA